CACUGUUUUGUAGUUCUCCCUGGACAUGGAAACGUCUCCGUCGAAAUCCCGUGUGGCGUCGCUUUCCGUCCGAAACUCUGGACGUGCGGUCAAUCAGGCCGUCGGCCUCUCGAUUGAAGCUGGGACUGGGAAAGUGCCGUGAAUGCGAAGGAACAAGUAAGCGUUGGCAAAGAUGAUGCGACCGCCAGUCAAGCAGGCGGUGCUGGCGUCUAGAUCACGGCUGCCGGACGCCCAAGCAGGAGCACAAAGUCGCUCCCAAAAGGAAAGAACUCAGGCUCGAUCGACGAUCCAACAACGCAAUGUAGCUUCCGUAAAGACUUGGGAAAAGUCAGUUGGACCAAGUACUCGUCCGUCGCCACCAGAACGCCUUCUCCGACCACCACGGACGGGUUCGCGGAUCCCGGAAGGCAAAGCCAUCCCGAGACCGUCUAAUACGUCGAGUCGGUCUAUUGGCAAAGGCUCCCCUGGGAAGCUGGCUAGGUCUGCCGUCUCGCCAAAGCUCGUCGAUGCUACCAACAUCCAUCGGUCAGAAACGUCACCAGCAGCGGCGAAGGGAUCUCCUUCCUCACACGUAGAGGGCAAAACACCACCGCUCCGCCGCUCGAGUGUAGGGCCCCUGACUGGUGGAACAGUGUCGUCCCCAUACUCACAUGGGUCAACGCCGCGAUCUACGAUUUCAUCAAAUCCCAGUACACCCUCACGAAAACCAACCGUUGAUGCCAGUCACAAAGGCACAUCGGAGGGUGAGUCACCGUCUUCGAAUGAUGCAGCCGGUGCAAAAGUCAGCAGCUCGCCGCAUAGGUUGAGCACAUCACAUGAGGGCCAGUCUACGGAGACGGAGGUUGCAAAGCCGAAAGUGAGAGUGGUGGCGUCGCGGUAUAUGGCCGCCCCUGCGCCAAAUUCGACCGUGUCAAAAUCAGCCCCCGUGGAGAUCACGACGAAAGCCACGGCGUUUCUUGGAUCGAAAGAAAAUGUAGCCCCAAAAAGACAGUUGGGGGUCACGGCGGCGUCGCGGCCGAAUGCCCAUGGGAAGCCAGUGACGACGGCCGCUCCUACGGGAGCAACAGACGCCGCGGAGCGACGAAGAGCGCUUCUGGCGGAAUAUAAGCGCGCAAAUGCCUCGGCGGCCGCAACGCCAAUGAACCGACCUGUGAAAGCUGUGAAAACCAUCGAACAUGCACAAAAGUCGACUCUCCGGCCCCCAACAACGCACUUGUCAGAUGUUGCCAGUAAGACGGCACCGCGGACUCUACGGGUGACGGGAAGAACCGUGCCUUCCCGCGUGCUGAGGACUCGGAAGCCUGCAGAAAACGGAGACAAUUCGAAUUCACAGCAUGCGCCGGCGAAGUUGAGCCAAGCUCGAGCGAGUGCGCAAAUGCUGGCACAAGCCGCUGCUGUACCCUUGCCUACAUCCCCGAACGUUCCAGCCCGCACUAUCGUCCGGCCGCCGCCAGCCCGGCAGAAGCAUGCCGUAUCACAGGACUUGGCGAGAGCUGCUGAGAUACCCUUGCCUCCAUCACCAGCACACUCGACCAUCACUCGAACCGAUAUCCAUCGCCCGCCACCACCUCAGACACGCUCGACCCCCGCAAUCCCGGACGAUUUAACGCUGGCGUUGCAGGCUAGGUUCUUGCAGUGGCAAUUAAUCCUGGCGAAGAGCCAAAACGCUUUUGAGAAGCAGAAGGAGCAAGCUGAGUCGCAACUCUAUCGAGCAUGGCAAAGAGUCAUCCAGGCGAGGGAAGAAGUAUUCAAGGAAGAGCUGGAGCUUCGACAAAUGGAGGAAAUUGUGAAGAUCAUGGAGCCAUUACAGCAGCAGGAGGCGGCUCUAGCAGAAGCAGUGCUGGCGCUGGAAGCUUUCGAUCAGCCAGUGUAUCAACGAUUGGCGCAUGGAGUGCAGAAACGAGCUGCUAGAUUGCAUUUGGACCCAAGCGUUACGAUAUCUGAUCCAGAGGAACUACGUGAUGUAAUUGAUCAAACGUCAAAUCUGCUAACGUCGGCUAUGCAAGAUUCGGACGAGGAAGCUGCAAAGAUCGCCAACCUCGCAUCAGCUCUCACACGCUUCUCAUCCACCGUCAACGACACGACGGCCCAGUUACAGGAAUGCCAGAGCCUCGCAGCACAGCUAGCCCGGUUGCAAAAUGUUGAGCAGAGCUACCGCAUUGGACAUGAGCAGUUGAAGGACACUAAUAUGGGUGAUGGGAAGACUUUUGUGGCGUAUAGGAAGAGGGGAUUGGCCUUAGAUUGGCUUUGAUGGAUUAAUGGAUUUGCGCCUGUUGAUUGUCUUGAUUACGCUUUUCAGGCGUUGGUUCCUGUAAUGCCAUCUGCGGUUUUGAAAGUGUUCGAUACUCGGAUUGGACGGGUUUGAACCAGCCUUUCUGAAACUUCUUGGGCACCCGGUAUGAAUGUGUUCGGUUUGGGAAAUGG